AUGGCUCCACACAACAAACGACACGAAAAACGCGCGACGUGGCGUCAUGUAGCCGCUCGCAAGAAAAGACUUAGCAGAGCCGACGAGAAGCUCGAAUCCUUUCUCAAAAAAUAUAGUCAGAAAGAAAAGAAGCGAAAUGCACUGAGAGCCACCAGAGAGCCCCGGAAUGAGCUUCUUCUCGGAUCCACCAGCAGCUUGGAUUCAACAGGCGUUUCUGACUACCCAGGACAACUAUCAGAGAAUCUGGAACACCCAUCAAAUCCAGUUGGAACCAGAAACAUGUCAAAUGGACAUCCAUCAGAGGAUCUGGAGCGCCCAUCAAAUCCAAUCGAUACCAGAAGCAGGUCCAUCUCCAGAGAAACCAGACAGUUUACUGGUCAUAUCACAAAUACAGUUACAUCAAGAGACUUAGACCAAUCUGCGAGCAAUCAAGGAGCUACAAGCUCAAGACAAGGUUACACACAAGUUCGUGAAGAGAUGCCAUCCACUUCCACGGGAAGAGCAUCCAGAGGUAUCACAAGAGUUUUAUACACGCCCAUUCAUCGUUUCUCACCAUACCAUGAUCCAAUCACGAAUCGCCAACUGUUUGGUCGACUCAAUCAAAAUCCGUCUCCAAGAGCAGAUCAAGCACAACAAAAGGAGAGUCAAAAUCCUUCAAUCGCUCUGAACGAACAAGAGUCAACCGAUGAGGACGAGGAAGAACCACGUACCAAAAAAGCCAGAGCAACCACUGACGAAAACAGCAAUCCUACCCAAGACUCCAACAGUUAUGAUGGUUUUCAAAGUUACAUGAAUUCUCUGGGCGCUACUGGUUAUACAAUUGGAAGAGGACAUUAUGGCGGAUCAUCUGGAGGUGUUGCCACGCAAUCACGUGCUCCAUUAUUGGAUUUGACGCAACAACCAAACCGUCGAAAGAGAGGACACGCACCCGCUGUCCAAAGACGUGUUCCAAGAGACAAUUUGACUAUUGAGGAGAGAAUUCAACAAAUGAAUCUUGAAUCAGGAAACAACAAUUCCUCACCAUCGGAUCGAGAGGCAGAAAAUGCGUGGUCUGAGGAUACGUCUUCAGAAGACUCCUCGACUAAUACAUCCUUCUCGGAAAUUACCGAUGACGAGAAUCAAGAAAAUUAA